CCCCGCGUAGGCAUCGCGGUCCUCAUCUUCGGGCGCGCCAACCAAGUCCUGCUCGGCGAACGCAAAGGCAGCCACGGCGCCGGCACCUGGGCCCUGCCCGGGGGCCACCUGGAGCCCGGCGAGACGUGGGCGGCGUGCGCCGCCCGCGAGGUCCUCGAGGAAACCGGCCUCCCCGUCUCGCGGCUCCGCUUCCUGACGGCCACCAACGACGUGAUGGCGGCCGAGAACAAGCACUACAUCACCAUCUACAUGGGGUGCACGCCGGCGCGGCGCGAGGACUGCCGGGCCCCGCCGCCCGUCAUGGAGCCCGACAAGUGCCGCGAGUGGCGCUGGGUGGAGUGGGAGGAGGUCACGCGCUGGUAUCGGCUGCAGGAGGAGGCCGAAGCGCAGAAGCGUGCAACCCUCACUGCUGGAAAUCCCGCGGGGGCGUUGGCCCCCCGAGUUGAACACCCGCUGUUCUUGCCGCUGAUGAACCUCUUUCGGCAGCAGCAGUAUUGGUUGCCGUUGCAGGAGUAU